AUGGUUGACUCGGGAGCGACAAAGCACAUCAUCACGGACAUCGGAAGAUUCGAGGAGUUUGACCCAACUUUUAAACCUCAGAGCCACAUUCUGGAGUUGGCUGAUGGAGAGCGCGCCAGUGGCCGCAAGUCUGCAGGAGACAGACAGCUCAGCAAUGGACUUGUCAGCAACAUCAUGUCGCUCAUCUUCAGCAGUGCUUAUGUCCUCUGA